AUGGUUUCAAUUAUUGCAAAGCAUCUUGGCCUCCAUCUACCCAAUAACCCAACAAAUAUAAUCACGGGUCGUACUUGUCUAUCAAUUGAUGUUAUGGAAACAAUGCAUCUUUUCCAUCGCCUUCCUACUGGGGAUAUUCAUUGGACAGUAUAUGGGAAAGAGUAUCUACACAUAGACAGCAGAAACAAGAAGAUACUCAAUUUAGCCAAUGACAUUCCAUCAACCACUUGGAAACUCAAAUCCAACUUAGGUGUUACAGUAGAUCCUAGUCAUCCACCUUCUCCUCCUCCUACUCAUACUGCUGGUGCCUCUAGCUCAUCUCGCCCUAUUCCUUUUUAUGAACAUAAUCUUUAUAUGGGCGAAUUUGCACGUUUGAACCAUCGUUACACCAGUAUACAACAUGAAGUCGGAGAAAUUUAUACGGGUGUCGCUGAAAUCACUUAUGAUUUUCAGGACUACCGUAACUUGCAAGAAGAGCAUUGGGCCCAACAAGAGCUACGGUGGGCUGAACAGGAUCAACGAUGGGCCGCUCAAGAGCAGCACAACCGCAACAUUCAUCACCUGCUGAGAGAUAUCCAUAGAGUUCUUAUGCUCCCCACACAGCCGCAGCCACCAUCAUCAACCCAAACCCAAUGGCCUCCCUAUUAUCCUGCAGAUUAUCCUUCACAAUUCCCUCCAGAUCAACCGCCCGGUCCUCAAUAG